UGUACUGCCUUCCCACACUCUCCCUUCUCGUACUCACCGGGCUGCAGCUGAGGUGGGAGAAAAAGUCCUGGUUUGGAGAAUUGAGCGGAAAAAGCGAUCCCAAUGGGUUCUUGGAAAGCUUUUCUCUUCUCCCCUUUUCUUCUGUGGAGUCAAAGUAGAGGGGUGAGGCUGAUGUUCUUGUUACUGACCCUGCAUUUGGGAAACUGCAUUGAUAAAGCAGAUGAUGAAGAUGAUGAGGAUUUAACAGUGAACAAAACUUGGGUCUUGGCACCAAAGAUUCAUGAAGGAGAUAUAACACAAAUUCUCAACUCAUUGCUUCGAGGCUAUGACAAUAAACUUCGCCCAGAUAUAGGAGUGAGGCCCACAGUGAUUGAAACUGAUGUUUAUGUAAACAGCAUUGGACCAGUUGAUCCUAUAAAUAUGGAAUACACAAUAGAUAUAAUUUUUGCCCAAACCUGGUUUGAUAGUCGUUUAAAAUUCAAUAGUACCAUGAAAGUGCUUAUGCUUAACAGCAAUAUGGUUGGAAAAAUUUGGAUUCCUGACACUUUCUUCAGAAACUCGAGAAAAUCUGAUGCUCAUUGGAUAACAACUCCUAAUCGUCUGCUUCGAAUUUGGAAUGAUGGACGAGUUCUAUAUACUCUAAGAUUGACAAUUAAUGCAGAAUGUUACCUUCAGCUUCAUAACUUUCCUAUGGAUGAACACUCCUGUCCACUGGAAUUUUCAAGCUAUGGAUACCCUAAAAAUGAAAUUGAGUAUAAGUGGAAAAAGCCUUCUGUAGAAGUGGCUGAUCCCAAAUACUGGAGAUUAUAUCAGUUUGCAUUUGUAGGGUUACGGAACUCAACUGAAAUCUCUCACACAAUUUCCGGGGAUUAUGUUAUCAUGACAAUUUUUUUUGACCUGAGCAGACGAAUGGGAUAUUUCACUAUUCAGACCUACAUUCCAUGCAUUCUGACCGUCGUUCUUUCUUGGGUGUCUUUUUGGAUCAAUAAAGAUGCAGUGCCUGCAAGAACAUCACUGGGUAUCACUACAGUUCUGACUAUGACAACUCUGAGCACAAUUGCCAGGAAGUCCCUACCUAAGGUUUCUUAUGUGACUGCGAUGGAUCUCUUUGUUUCUGUUUGCUUCAUUUUUGUUUUUGCAGCUUUGAUGGAAUAUGGCACCUUGCAUUAUUUCACCAGCAACAAAAAAGGAAAGACUACUGGAAACAGAAAGCUAAAAAAUAAGGCCUCGAUGUCCACUGGACUCCAUCCUGGAUCCACUCUGAUUCCAAUGAAUAGCAUUUCUCUGCCACAAGGAGAAGAUGAUUAUGGAUAUCAGUGUUUGGAGGGCAAAGAUUGUGCCAGCUUCUUCUGUUGCUUUGAAGACUGCAGAACAGGAUCCUGGAGGGAAGGAAGGAUACACAUACGCAUUGCCAAAAUUGAUUCCUAUUCUAGAAUAUUUUUUCCAACAGCUUUUGCCCUGUUCAAUCUGGUGUAUUGGGUUGGCUAUCUUUACUUAUAAAUUCUACUUACCAGACAAAAAUCAUAAGCAGUCUGACAGAAUCCAAUUAUCAUCUACUGGACUUCAAUUACAUGAAGUUCACAUUUAAAACGCAGAGAAACCAAUGUUUAAAAUGUGAAUAGUAUUGUAACUAUUUUAAGGCUUUCAUAGGUAAAUAAAGUAGCAGCUUUCAGAUUAACUUACUUAAAUUUGUGUAAAACAGAUUAGUUGCAAAUUUCAGUAUAUAAAAUAGUAUUAUAUAUUUUUAAUUUAAUUUUCUUCAUUUUACUUAUAUCCUAUUAAGAUUUUGAAUUUAUAAGUUCUGUAAUUCAUAUUUAAAAGAUGGAAUAAUUUUAAUACAUAUUUUAUUUAAAUAUAAUCUGUCAUUAUUUUCAAUGGGAGCCUAAUCUAAUGCCUAAUAUUUAUGUAGAAACAUUUUGCCUAGAAAGUAUGGUUAAUUUGAUUUUUUUUGCUUUUUAUUUAUAUGCUUUGUUUAGAAUAGAGCUAGUUGAAAACAUAAAGCCAUGAUUUCCUUGGAUUUAUUUCUAAGAUGUUU